AAGAAUCUCCAAAAAUAUUCAAUCUCAAACAAAAAACUAGAUUUCACCGUUUUAUUCAUUCAUCUCUAUCUCUACAAAUAAAUUAAUUACCAUCUUCAUAAUUGGAAUUGGAAUUACAGUCGAUUCAAAUUCAGAUCAUAGUUUUUCUUAUUCUUAAUAACAUAAACCUUAUUUUUGUCACUACCUCGUAGAAAGUAAAAAAACAUAACAAGAAACUUCCUUAUAAUUUACUAGCUCUUUCUUGUUCCUCUUUUCUUUCUAUCUUUGCACCACAACACAAACCCAACACAACAAAACAAAACCCUUUUCUAAAAAUUCAAUCUUUUCAUCUACCCAAUUCUUGAAUCGGUUUUUUUUUUUCUGGGUUUUUGUUAAAUUCCAAAAAGAUCUGAUUUUUAUUCUUGAUUUGUUUCAAGCGUGCUGUUUCACGAUCUGGGUCUGAUUGAAAUUGGUGUUUGAUUUUGAUAAUGAGGAAAAGAGAGAGAGAAAAUCCUUGUGGUGUAUGUGGGCACUAUCACAAACAUGAAGAAGGUGAAGUUUGUUCAAUUUGUGGUCAUAGGGUUCCGGUUGGAUCGGAGAAAACUUCUGUACAAGUCAGUGCUUUUCCUUCUGUGAUCUUGCCGGAGUUUCUUUACUUGGGAAGCUAUGAUAAUGCUUCACGCUCUGAGCUUCUCAAAACUCAAGGGAUUUCACGUAUUCUCAAUACUGUCCCGUCUUGUCAAAAUCUCUACAAGAACUCAUUUACCUAUCACUGCCUCCCAGAUGACAAAACUUUCCAAUUUGAUGAAGCAAACCAGUUUCUUGAGCAAUGUGAGAAGGAUAAGGAGCGUGUUCUGGUUCAUUGCAUGUCAGGCAAGAGUAGGUCCCCAGCCGUUGUGAUCGGCUACCUGAUGAAGUCCAGAGGAUGGAGACUUGCACAGAGUUAUCAGUGGGUAAAGGAACGCAGAACUUCCGUUGAAUUGUCUGAAGGUGCCUACCAGCAACUACAGGAGUACGAACAAAACCUAUUCGGAUCAGUCGGCAACUCGAUACUGUCUGCUGGAUUCUCACCUGCAGGAGGACCAUCUUCAAUUAGCUUUGGCUUCCCAAAAACCAACGAACUACCUCAACUUCCUGCCUUCGGCUCCACUACAACUCCUUCAAUUUUUGCCCGAGCACCGUCCAACAUAGGUCCUUCGGACUUCACAUUCGGAGCUAGUCAGAAUGCUGAUGGGAAUCCUUUCAAUACAAAUCCAUCCAAUCCUAAUGCAACCGAUAUUCAAAUGGAUUGAUCUUGAUUCUUACUAGCAGCAACAUCUGUGUGAUUAAGUUCGCCAUGUUUCAAUUGAUCUUGAUUCUUACUAGCAGCAACCGAUAUUCAAAUGGAUUGAUCUUGUGGUAGGCAAAGUUCGUUACAGGUACACCAAGUUUGCCAUGUUUCAUGUCAAGGUGCAAAAAUCAUAAGUGAACUUGUCAAUUCUAUAGUUUUUUUCUAAUCUUCAUUUCAAAUAUUUUGAUUAGUUAUCAAUCACUAUGGUUGUAGUAUUGAGUUACAUCAAGUUUUAGUGUCAUUGUGUCUUUACUUUGAUAGAUUGGAACUGAACUUCAUCAAGUUUUUUUCUUGUUACAAGCUAAACUUUAUAAAAGUAUACAAAAUUAGACAA